CCCUGCCUCUGCUCUGGCGGGAGUGGUGGAGCUGGACUUCCCCUGCCUGCUUCAGAGUGGGAUAGUUUAGCUGUCAGAGGGGCUUGGGAAAGCUUCCCUCAAUCUGCUCAGCUGCUAACAGCCAUGAGUGACUGAGAACACUUGUUAAAUAUAGCCCAGGCAGACUCUGCUACACUCAAAGCUCUACACUCUCCUGCCCAGGAACAAAAGGGAAAAGGCAGGUUCCUGGCACCUGACAAAGGCUAUAUUCCACAUUUCUACCCUCCUCUCCAUCUUACUUUGGAUAUCUCCAUUUGAAGGAAAAUCGGACUUUUCAGACAAAAGCAGCUCUGACCACCUCCUCUUGCUUGCUGGUCUCUCUCUCUCUCUCUCUCUCUCUCUCUCUCUCUCUCUCUCUCUCUCUCUCUCUCUCUCUCUCUCUCUCUCUCUCUCUCUCUCGCUUUUCUCUCUCAUCCUCUCAGUUUGUGAAAGACUCUGCCGGCCCAAACUUCUGGAGAGGACAAAGCUUGGUGUUCAUCUUCAGACGCCUCUUGCAUUGCCUCUGUUGCCUUGACAGGAGAGAAGAGGGGAAACAAGUUAUUAAAAGAGAAAAGUAAGAGGUGAGAGUAUAGAUCAUCUACAUUUGAUAUGUCUCUUUUUGACACACAUAGUCAAGGUAACUGAAGAACACAGACAUUGAGGAGAGACUUUUUACUCUGGGACUUGAUUCUCAGUAACUGAGAUAUUCCUUUUUGACCUGUCGUCACCUGUGAUGUGGUACCAUUGAGAACAGGUGAGAAUGCGGUCCAGGUGCAGCACAGCCAUGGAGGGCCCAGACGACGGACAGAUAAACCAUGUCACCCAGCCCACCAAAGCCUUCCCAAAAGAGGAGGGGGAGAACACACCAGAGCUGGUGAAGAGGAAAAUGAAGGUCCAGCGAGAAGAGAAAGAGGGGAAGUCAGUGGUGUCUGGAUCAGCGAAAAGGCCCCAGACAACCACAGAGAGCAGCAGAGGACAAAAGAAGGCAGCAGGGCUGACAGAUCUCUCUAAGGAGGACCUUCUCCGUCUGCUGGGAGUCAUGGAAGGAGAGGUGCAGGCCAGAGAGGAUAUCAUCCACAUGCUGAAGUCAGAGCGUCCGCGACCCAAAGCCCUGGAGGCCCAUUACGGCUCAGCUGCCCCCAUCAAACCCCUCCAGGCCCUGCAGAGAGACAGCCUUCUGACCAACACUACAAUGCUUGGGGACAACGUCUAUGAGAUGCCCAUGCAAGAGUUGGACCGGCUGGAGGACAAGCAUCGCGAGACGUACAGGCGUAUGCUGGAGCAGCUGCUGCUGGCCGAGAAGUGUCACCGCCGCACGGUUAAUGAGCUGGAUAGCGAGAAACGCAAACACACAGACUUCAUGAACAAGAGUGAUGACUUCACCAACCUGCUGGAGCAGGAGAGGGAGAGAUUAAAGAGGCUGCUAGAGCAGGAGAAGGCGUACCAGGCUCGUAAAGACAAAGAUCACAGCAGGAGGCUAGAGAAGGUCCGUGAGGAGCUGGUCAAACUCAAGUCCUUUGCCCUGAUGCUGGUGGAUGAGCGGCAGCUCCACAUUGAGCAGAUCGACCAGCAGAGCCAGAAGGUCCAGGACCUCAGCAGCAAGCUCCAGGAGCGAGAACAGCGUCUGGCCGCUGUACGCGGCACUGCCAAGGAAGACGGCCAGAAGGUCCUCAGGCUAGAGGCGGAGCUGGAGUGCAAAGCUGCCAAGUUCACCCAGGAGCAUGAGGAGAUGACUGCCAAGCUGGCCAACCAGGAGUCCCAGAGCCGUCAGCUCCGCCUGAAGCUGUCAGGCCUGGCCCACAGGAUCGAGGAGCUGGAGGAGAACAACAAGGCACUACAGAAGUCAGAGGAGGACCUCCUCGAGCUACGGGACAAGAUCAGCAAGGGGGAGUGUGGGAACUCCAGCCUCAUGGCGGAACUGGAGACCCUGCGCAAGAGAGUCCUGGAGAUGGAGGGCAAGGAUGAGGAGAUCACCAAGACGGAGAGCCAAGCCAGAGAGUUAAGGAAAAGGCUGCAGGACGAGGAGACCACCGGCCGGGAGCUGAGGCUGGAGGUGGAGAAACUGCAGAAGAGAAUGGUGGAUCUGGAGAAACUGGAGAGGGCUUUCAACACGAGCAAAUCAGAGUGUGCAACACUUCAUAUUAAUCUAGAAAGAGAGAAAGGACUGGCAAAGGACCUGGUUGGUGAGCUGGACAUGGUGAAAAACCGUGUGAAAGAACUGGAGAACUCGGAGUUGAGAUUUGAGAAGGCAGAGAUGGGCCUAAAGGAUGACCUGAUGAAGCUGAAGUCAUUUACAGUGAUACUAGUGGAUGAGAGAAGGAACAUGACUGAGAGAAUAAAACAGGAGGAGCAAAAGAGCGAUGAUUUAAAUAAAAUGUUCAAAACUGAGCAGAGUAAAGUUAUGGAGGUCACAGAAAAGUUGAUUGAGGAGAGCAAAAAGCUCCUCAGACUGAAAUCAGAAAUGGAGGUAAAAGUGACAUCUCUUACUAAAGAGAAAGAUGAACUGAAAAGUAAACUAGCAAGUGAAGAGGAAAAGUGCAGGGAUCUUAGCUCCAAGGUCGGUGUAAUGAAAAAACGAAUGGAUGGGCUAGAGGAGGCAGAAAAGGUAUUGUUAAAAAUCAGAGCCAAUAAGGACAGCAAGAGACCCCCAGACGAGGAAAACAAAUUCAAGGAGCUAACGCAGGAAAUUGAAAGGCUAAAAAACCGCCUCAAACAGCUUGAGGUGGUGGAAGGUGACCUGAUGAAGACAGAGGACGAGUACGACUUACUGGAGAAGAAGUUUCGAAUGGAGCAGGACAAGGCCAAUGCCCUCUCUCAGCUGCUGGAGGAAAUGAAGAGUCAGACUGCCAGGAACAAAGCCAUAGAGAAGGGAGAGGCGGUGGGCCAGGAGGCUGAGCUGAGGAUGCGCUGCAAGAUGGAGGAGGCAAAGACCAGAGACCUGCAGGCAGAUGUCCAGGCCCUCAAAGAGAAGAUCCACGAGCUGAUGAACAAGGAGGACCAGCUCUCCCAGCUGCAAGUGGACUACUCCCUACUCCAGCAGAGAUUCCUGGAGGAGGAGGAUAAGAAGAAGGGCUUGAGCCAGGAAGUGAUCAACCUCACCAAAGAGCUGGAGGUCACCAAGCGCUACAGCCGCGCCUUGCGUCCCAGUAUGAACGGAAGGAGGAUAGUUGAUGUCCCUGUCACUUCCACCGCAGUCCAGACAGACGUGGUGGUCAGUGAACCUGCCGAGGAGGACACACCUGCAGUGUUCAUCAGGAAAUCUGUCCUGGAGGAGAACCAUAUCAUGAGCAACCUGAGGCAAAGGGGUCUGAAAAAGCCUGUAACUGUGCUGGAGCGCUACCCCCCAGCAACCACCGAGCUGGGCAUGAGAAAAUCAUGGAUCCCCUGGAUGAAGAAGAAGGAUGCAGUGACGAUCACUCAGACCACCCCAGAGAAGACCCCAAACCCUCAGGACAACGGGGAUUCUUCCCCUCGUCCACCAGAGCUGUCCAUGUCACAAAAGCCAGGCCAGCCGUUGCAUAUUCGAGUAACCCCCGAUCACGAGAACAGCACUGCCACUUUGGAGAUCACUGGCCCUCGUGCUGAGGACUUCUUCUCCAGCGCCACCAUCAUCCCCACAUUGGGCCUGCAGAGGCCUCGCAUCACCAUUGUUCCCAAGCCCACUACCGUGUUCUCAAAGAGCAAGCCGGGUGAGGGCGUAAUGGGGGGGCCUGAGCGGUGCAAGUCUCCAGUCACCAUUACCACCAUCUCCAGGGCCAAGUCCCCAGAUAGGAGUAAGGGCCCCUCCUACUCAGACUCGAACAGACCCCUCUCCCCCGUCUCCAUCAUUACAGUGAGCACCACUCCUGUGACGGAGGCCUUUGCCUCCGCAUCCCCAGAGCCCCAUGACAUGAGCACCAUGGGCCGGGCUGUGUUCAAAGUGACCCCAGAGAAGCAGGCAUUGCCUAUGCCCGUCAGAAAAUACAACUCCAACGCCAGCAUAAUCACCACCACGGAGGACAACAAGAUCCACAUCCACCUGGGACCUCAGUUCAAGAGGCCGUCAGACGUCAGCAGUAGCAGCCCCACAGUGACGGUCAGGCCCCUUAGUGUGAGCACAGAGAGCAAGGAGGCACCCCCAGGUACGGUGCUGCGCUCCCCGCGUCACCCCAACAACAUCACCACCGCUCCUGGGAAGACCACCCCCAACAAAUUGACCAGCAGCAUCACCAUCACCCCCAUCACCUUGGCACCGACCAGGCCAACUCAGUCUGUGUUGCUUCUGAAAUGUUUCAAAAUGAUAUCAGGUGGUGUCUGCUCCCUAGAUAGCACUCUUUCCAGCCCGGGGCGGAUGUGCAGUCAACUCGUGCCGCAGCCACACGAAUCCCUAUGUCAAAAGGAAAUAUUGUGCACCAUGUGAUAGUUGAGCCCAGAUGAUGAGACUGUAAUGUGGAACUCCUUCCUUCACCUAUGACAAGUGCCCUGCAUCCCUACUCUACUCUUACAGUGUGCCACCGCAACCAUAGGGCCAAGCCAACAGACGACGACCAUCGGAAAACAGUCAGAACUCCGCAUGCAGACUGUCAUGGAGAUUAUUUCUAACCUCAGGGCACCUAACAAGGCUCUCUUCUCAAUUCUGUGGGCUUUCGAAUAGUAAUAGGCUGUUACGUGCGGCUUGAGCGUUCUUCAAUGGAAGUCUUGAAGACUCAAGCCGCACGUGACGCCCUUGACCCGAGCUAACGCUGCAGAGGUUUGUGUGAGAGGACAGAUGCAUACCGUACCAGUCAAAAGUUUGGAAACACCUACUCGUUCAAGGGUUUUUCUUUAUUUUAUUUUACAAUUUUCUACAUUGUAGAAUAAUAGUGAAGACAUCAAAAGUGUUACACAACUGUUACACUCUCCCUGCCUCCUCUGUGUUUGUGCUUUUACUUGCAGAUUGGGGACAGGUGGAGCUGAUUGGUCAUUAAGGUGACACGUUUCAACUGGGUUUGGGUUCAACUAGGAGAUAAGUUCCUGGUGCCCAGUCCUGGCUCUCUCUCUCCACAAGCACCAUUUUGUUUUGAUCUGCUUGAUUAUGUUUUUUGAUUAGGUGCACCCUUUAACACUUACACACAUUUUACCUUCAUCCAUGCAUCUUCAUUACACCCCUCACAUGCCUACUCUCAUACUUCACAGGUUAGUUUGGUGGAGAGAAGACCAUGAAGUCUCUUUGUCCUGUAUUGUCUAGAGACACUUUGUUCUGUUCCUUGUUGGGUUAUCGGAUUAUGGAGGUGAGUUGUCUUUGCAAUGUAUGACGGUGAGAAGUUGAGGCAGACAUAACUCAUUGCCCAGAGAUAUGGUCUUUCCCCCUGUUAGAUAUAGCGGUGUGUUCACACUGGGGGCAAGUUGUGUCGUUUGUUCUUUUUGUGUGGUCACAGAGGUUAAAGCAGUUGUCUCUGGAGUACAUCUGUGGUUGGUUACUAGCAAGCUGGUUCCUCCUUCGUGCCAGCGGGCUCUAGUGCAUCAAUACCUAUGUACUAAUCUGUUCAUUUGGUAGUAGCAUUAUGGCUUCUAUUGCGGAUUUUGUCCCGUGUUCCUUCUGAGGAGUUGCUUAUGCAGUUUACGAAGGAACAGCUUUUGAAGUUGAGUGAGUAUUAUGAGCUCAGUGACAAAUGUCUCAAGGAUCCAGUAAGGUCUAUUCUGUCAGCUAAUUUGCUUUCAGCUGGUAUUUUCAAGGCAGAAUUGAGUGAACCAGCUGUCUUGGCUGUACCAAUUGCGUCUAGUGCUGGUUUGACAUUUGAGCAGAAAAACAAGUUCCCUUUAUUGCAGCUAAAUCAUGACAAAGAUCUGGAAUGGUUUAAACAGCAAAAAUAACUUGAUUUGAAAGGUUGAAGCAGGAUACAGAGCAAGCUAAACUGCGGUUGCAACAUCAACGGUUAGAACUUGUCAGAGGAGGCAAGCUUUCAGGUGAAUUUUCUUUUGAGGAUGACGCUACAGUGUUUUGACCAGUAGGGCUCACUCAUCUCUUAGCGCUACAGAUAGCGAUGAUUACUUAAAGGUUAAGUAUGCAGGACAGCAGUUUUAUGAGUUGGUCCCUGAAGUGUAUUGACAGCGUUUCAGAACGUUGAAGAAAGGUGAAAAAACAGUCCCAUGUUGAGUUUUCACAGGAUUUGUUAACUCAAUUCAAUCUUUGGUCUACUAGUUUUGAAGCUUUGUACAAGCUGGUUGUCCUCAAACAAUUUAGUCUGUCCCUUAUCGUCUUGCUACCUAUAUAAAUGAACAUAAAGUACGGACUGAAGCUGCUGUUUUGGCAAAUGCGUACGUACUGACCCCCAAAGGCUGUUCCCCAGAGGAACAGUUCAAGUGGAUUUCGUACAGCAAAUUCCUUUGGUUCUGGUAAUGACGCAUUUCCAUUUAGAUCGGAACGUGUUGCAUGUGGACAGAAUGAUGUUAGUAAUAACUGUAAUUAUUAUGGUAAAGGCCACUGGAAGAGCUAAUAUCCUGUCCUUGGUAAAAAAAAAAAAAGGUCAGCAGAUUGGCCAGCACAAAUGUAAAACCUGUUGCGUUAGCUGAGCCUGUUCGUGCUAAUCCUGUUGCUCAAUAAUUGUCCAAGUCUUUAAGUAUUUAUUAUACGCCAUUUGUCAGAGGGUUAUGUUUCACUAUUGGGAAGUGACGUGCCAGUAGAGAUUCUGCGAGACACGGGUGCCUCUGAAUCGUUUGUUUUGGAGUCUGUUCUGCCUUAUUCUCUGGAGAUGGAUACAGGAACCAGUGUCCUGAUUCAAGGGAUAGCUUUGAAUACUAUUGUCUGUACCCUUGCAUAAAGUCAAACUUAUAUCUGACCUAAUGCAAGGUGAUGUUUCCCUUGGGGUGGGUCCCUUUCUGCCCGUUGACUUGUGUUCAUGUGAUUUGGGUAACAACUUAGCCGGUUGUAGUGUCUGGUGUGACGCAUCUCCUCUGGUGGUUUCUCAUAACCCGCUUAACCUACAGAGAUUCCCGGAGGUAUUCUCUGCAUGCGCUGUGACUCGUGCUAUGAGCUGUGCUGACACUAGGGUCAAAACGGAACUUACACAACACAUAGCUGAACAGUUUGAUAAUCGUUUAAGUAGUGCUGCCUAGGGGUACUACAUUCAAGAUCAGUUGUUGGUGAGGAAAUGGACACCUCACAGCAAAAGUUAUAGAUUGUGGUUCCUUCUAAGCUUCGAGAUCAAAUUUUGAGAACUUCUCAUGAAGUUUCUGGUCACUUAGAGGUUAGUAAAACUUAUGAUUGAGUUUUGGGUCAUUUUUAUUGGCCUUGUAAUCGGAAAUGUCUUUCUUUAAACAUCUAAAUAUGCCAUGUUUUUCAGCUGACUGGGAAGCCUAAUCAGAUUUUAAGGCCAGUCCCGCAACAUACAACCUAUUCCUGUUACAGGCCAGCCAUUUGAGCAUUUGAUUAUUGAUGGUGUUGGACCCUUACCCUGUUCUAAAGCUGGUAGCACCUACAUGUGAACUGAUUUGUCAGGCUACAAGAUAUCCUGCAGCCUAUCCACUAUGUCUGUUGUGAAGGCUUUGUCACAGUUCACCUCAAUUUUUUUGGAAUAGUUAAGGUGAUUCAGAGCGAUCAUGGUUCCAACUUGACUUCGCACAUAUUUGCACAAGUCUUGCAACAAAUGCAUAUAAAACAUAAUCAGGCCAGUGCUUUUCAUGCGCAGAGUCAAGGGGCCCUUGAGCGUUUAUCAGACUUUGAAGUCGCUGUCACGUGAGUACUGCACUGAAUUAGAACGUGACUGGGAUGAGGGGUUACCCUGGUUGCUGCUCACUGUUAGAAGUAUCACGAGGGCACAGGGUUCAGUCCUAAUGACCCUGUUUUUGGUCAUACUGUGCGUGGUCCCCUUGCUGUAAUAAAGGAGGAUUGGAUGGUGGUUGAGCGUCCCCCAAAUUUGUCAUGUUAAUGGUUUCUGACACAGGUUGUACAUGGCUUGUGAAAUAGCUAAA